AUGGCACAGCCUUUCAACCUCAAACUGCCUCGCUCCUCUAUCCUGGUCCUUACGAUCGUCAGCGUUGUCAUCCUGUGGGUGACCCUGACAAGCGAAGGGGCGUGGAUGCUGCGGUAUGUCGACAACAGCGGCAUAACUGUUCCACUUGCCGGUGCUGCAAAGGACCCUCGGAUUGCCAUCGUCAUGUCGUGGUCUCCAAGCACCCGCGACCGAAAUGUCUCGAACUACCCACGCAUGGUCGUCGAAUCGCUUCAGCUCAAGAGGAACUAUGCCCGGCGACACGGCUAUGCGUUCUUUGUGGACGACGUCAUUGACGAGACCCGGAUUGUGCCGUUCGGGCGAUACACAACCAUAGUGUCGCUCAUGAACUUUAUGCCUACACUCGAGUGGAUAGUGUACCUGGACAUGGACACCAUCAUCAUGCGACCGAGCCUGUCGCUCGAACAACUGAUCCUCGCACCGUACAUGCAGCAGCCGGGUCUGCACCCGGCGCAUGAGGCUGCGGACGGCACGGGCACCGACACCGACACCGACACCAGCACCAGCACCAGCACCAGCAACAGCAGCAGCAGCAGCACCGUCGUUACAGCAAUGCCCCCGCGUCCCUUUGCCGAAAUCGAUUUGAUCGGCAAGCGGGAUUGCUGGGGGGACCUGAACGCCGGGGUGCUGUUCCUGCGGAACUCGGACUGGACGGUGGGCGUGCUGCGAGCAGCGCUGAACUACAAGCACAGGCACCCCGACUCCAACUUCAACGACCAGGAUGCGCUCGCGGCGGUGCUCCAGGCCCUGCCGGAAGCCCAGCGCAGGCACUUUAUCCUGUCGCCCGAUCAUGCCCGAUUCAACAAGUACAUGCCGGGCAUCUGUGGCGGCGGGCACGACUGGCACUGGUACACGCCCGGUGACUUUCUGGUGCACUUUCCAGGCGACGACCGGUCGUCUGGCCGAUGGGAGCAGAUGGUCCAACAGCUGUAUCUCGAGGAACCCGCGGUGCUGCCGGAGCUGCUGGACGGGCUGGAAGCCGAAUGGCACGGCAGCGCCGAAUGGAUCAACCGGCUGAAAGAACGGCCGGGCCGUGCACGACAGGCCCGACACGGCGACGCCGCAGCCGAGAUGAGGCGCCAGGGGAGACAGCGCUGGGCGAGACAAGGGACGGCCAUCGAUGAUGGCCAUGAACGCCGACAAUGGGAAUGAGGGACAGCCGGCGCAGGCGAGAGUGGGUAUGCCUGGCCAGGUUUGGGGGGAAGGGCCGUGCGUGGAAGCCGGCGAGUGGAGAAGACCGCAGCGGGCGUUUGUCAGCGGGCGGAAGGGUCGCAUGGCGAGCCCACGAUUCGGACGACGGCGGGUCGGCCUUUGCAAUACACGGGCUGCACGCAGGCCAGCUGCAGAGAGAACAUGGGGACAGGAUCGAGGCGGACGGGGUGGAGCCGAGUGGGGUGGAUGCAGAGGCCAGAGCAAAGAAAAUAAAGCGAG